AACGCAGCGGGCGGAGCUCCGCUGAGUGCGCGGUGUCCGGGGCCUGUGAGUCGUCGCCAGGCUGUGUCGGGCCUGAGCCGAGCAGCUGCGCGACGUCAUGGACAACUCCGGGAAGCAGGCUGAGGCUAUGGCGCUGCUGGCUGAAGCGGAGCGCAAGGUGAAGAACUCGCAGUCCUUCUUCUCCGGCCUCUUUGGAGGCUCAUCCAAAAUAGAGGAAGCAUGCGAGAUCUAUGCCAGAGCGGCGAACAUGUUCAAGAUGGCCAAGAACUGGAGCGCUGCUGGGAACGCUUUCUGCCAGGCUGCCCAACUACACCUACAGCUCCAAAGCAAGCACGAUGCAGCCACCUGCUUUGUGGACGCUGGCAAUGCUUUCAAGAAAGCUGACCCCCAAGAGGCCAUUAACUGUCUGAUGAGAGCAAUUGAGAUCUAUACAGACAUGGGCAGAUUCACAAUCGCAGCCAAGCACCACAUCUCCAUCGCUGAGAUCUAUGAGACAGAACUGGUGGAUGUAGAGAAGGCCAUCGCCCACUAUGAGCAAUCUGCAGACUACUACAAAGGAGAAGAGUCCAACAGCUCAGCCAACAAGUGUCUGCUGAAGGUGGCUGGCUACGCCGCACAGCUGGAGCAGUACCAGAAGGCUAUCGACAUCUAUGAGCAGGUGGGGACCAGUGCCAUGGACAGUCCCCUCCUCAAGUACAGCGCCAAAGACUACUUCUUCAAGGCGGCCCUCUGCCACUUCUGCAUUGACAUGCUCAACGCCAAGCUCGCUGUUCAGAAGUAUGAGGAGCUCUUCCCGGCCUUCUCGGAUUCCCGGGAAUGCAAGCUGAUGAAAAAGCUGCUGGAAGCCCAUGAGGAACAGAAUGUGGACAGCUACACAGAGGCGGUGAAGGAAUAUGACUCCAUCUCCAGACUGGACCAGUGGCUUACCACCAUGCUUCUGCGCAUAAAGAAGACCAUUCAGGGUGACGAGGAGGACCUGCGCUAGGCCUCCAGCCACUGCCUUCCACCCAUCUGUCUAUCACAGAGGUGGAGCCAGCACCUCCCACCAGGAGUCUGAAGGAGUGGGUGCAAUGUGGGCCACAUUCUCCAGCACCAGGCGAGCUCUCCUGGAUGGCUGGUCACCCGCUGCGUCCUUCACCCUGCCGUUUAUUUAAGCCCCCAGAGGUGCCCUCCUGCCCUGGAAAGUCCACCUGGACAGAUUCUCCAAUUCAGACUUCUGUGUGCUUCAGGAACCAGAGGUCAGGGUCUGGUCCCAUCUCCUGACCAGCAGUGUACUAAGGCUGUUUCCAUAUCUCCUACCUUGUCCCCUAGCAGAGAUAAGAACACAGGUAGCUCUGAGACUUGCUCUCCCUGGCUGGGGGUAACCUCUGCCCCUGGAGCCUUCCCUUGUUCCUACAAUGCCAACCUCUCAGGUUAGACCCAGCCCUGGAGCUCAUGGGGUGCCUUGGCCCUGCCCUGCGCACCUGCUUCUCUCCAUGCAUCCAGGUCUAUCGACCUGAAGCUGCAGCUGGCCCAAAAAGGACAAUAAAACCUGCCACUUUUGCAUGAGCCUCUUGAGCUGUCCCUUUGACCCUCGGUGCCCUUCCCUUUGGACCUUGGCUGUCCUGGAGGAGUUGGAGGUUUCUGCAGCUGAGCCUCAGAACCAGAGUGCUUUCUAGAAGCUGUGGACUGGCCCAAGAUGACGGGAGCCUCAUACCCAUUUCACCCUGCAGGGGGUCUGCCAGGGCUGGCCUCCUUCCAUGGGAUUGCCCUGACUGAAGCAGACAGCCUAGGAGAAAAAGUUGGCCUUCCACACAUCUCGCUCUGCUCCCCUGUCCCUCCAGUGUCCCCAACAGCUUCAUUCAGUUGAUAAUUUGGCCCUCAGCUUUGGAGAACCCUGAGGCUGGAGGCUGACAACUUUUUUUACCAUGGGAUUGCCAAGAAGCCUUGUGAGAAUGUCCCAGCCUGCUGCUCUGGUUAGGCUGAGGUUAAUACCCUGGUGUUGUGGAAGCUUCCUAAGUGGCUCAGAUACAUACUAGGGUUGAAAACAUGGUUUCUAAGUUUCUACAUGAGUCAGAAGCAACCUGAAGAGAAGAAACCGCACAGCUGGGAAAAUGGGGAGAGCUUAGUGUGUAAGAACACUUACUACAACAGACAGGAGGACCCAAGGUCAGAUAUUCAGCACCCAUGCUAAAAACACUGGUUUGACCACAUGAACACGUGAGUCUGCAAGGUGGGGCAGUGACUACUGCUAGAGCCUGGUGGCCAGAAGCCUGGCAGCAGCUUCAACAAAAGGACCCUGUCUCAAAGGAAUAAGAGUGACAGAAUAUGACCAGAUAACUGUCUUCCUGUGUAUAUGGGUAUGCACAAGAUACAUCUAUUACAUACACAAAUAAUAAAAACGAGAGGCCAUGCCAACCUGC